CGUUUCCCCCUCUCCGAGAUCACUCUUUCGAGAACUAGGGUUUCUCACUAAACAUGGCGGCAGCUCCACCAAAUUCUGUUCAAUGUUUCGGCCGGAAGAAGACGGCGGUGGCCGUCACUCACUGCAAGGCUGGUCGUGGCCUUAUUAAGAUCAAUGGUGUCCCAAUCGAGCUGGUUCAGCCUGAGAUCCUACGUUACAAGGCUUUUGAGCCGAUCCUUCUUCUUGGUCGCCACAAGUUUGCUGGCGUUGAUAUGAGGAUCCGUGUCAAGGGUGGAGGUCAUACUUCUCAGAUCUAUGCUAUCCGUCAGAGCAUCGCGAAAGCGCUCGUUGCGUACUACCAGAAGUUUGUUGAUGAAGAACAGAAGAAGGAGAUUAAGGAUAUUCUAGUGAGGUAUGAUAGGACUCUCCUUGUUGCUGAUCCGAGAAGGUGCGAGCCGAAGAAGUUUGGUGGUCGUGGUGCUCGUGCUAGGUUCCAGAAAUCAUACCGUUAAAGACAGAGUAAUCUUAUUGUCUUUUUUGAAACUACCUUUGAUUUGUGUUUUGUUGUUUUUCUGAGAGUAUUUUGCGACAUGGUGAUGGUGUUAUUUCGUGUAGAAGCUUAAUUUUGUUUGACUAUUUUCAUGAUUGCCUUAUGGAUGCCUGUCCGUUUUUGUUAUAAUCGUUUAGUACCUUUUGCUGAUAUGAAACGUGAUUGUGG